ACCCCUCUGACGUCACCACUGUCCCCUCAGUGCCACCGCCAGGAUGUCACCCCCCGUGCCCGCGCUGACCCCCGAGCAGAAGCAGGAGCUGGCGGCCAUCGCCCAGCGCAUCGUGGCACCCGGCAAGGGCAUCCUGGCUGCCGAUGAGUCCACUGGCAGCAUCGCCAAGCGCCUGAGCUCGGUGGGCGCCGAGAACACGGAGGAGAACCGGCGCUGGUACCGGCAGCUGCUGUUCACGGCCGACAAGCGCGUGGAGCCGUGCAUCGGCGGCGUCAUCCUCUUCCACGAGACCAUGUACCAGAAGGCCGACGAUGGGCGCCCCUUCCCGCAGGUCAUCCGCGACAAGGGCGCCCUGGUGGGCAUCAAGGUGGACAAGGGCGUGGUGCCCCUGGCUGGCACCAACGGCGAGACCACGACCCAGGGGCUGGACGGGCUGAUGGAGCGCUGUGCCCAGUACAAGAAGGACGGCGCUGACUUUGCCAAGUGGCGCUGUGUGCUGAAGAUCACCCCGCACACGCCCACGCGCCUCGCCGUCAUGGAGAACGCCAACGUGCUGGCACGCUACGCCAGCAUCUGCCAGCAGAAUGGCAUUGUCCCCAUCGUGGAGCCCGAGAUCCUCCCGGACGGUGACCACGACCUCAAGACGUGCCAGUACGUCACCGAGAAGGUGCUGGCCGCGGUGUACAAGGCGCUCAGUGACCACCACGUGUACCUGGAGGGGACACUGCUGAAGCCCAACAUGGUGACAGCGGGACACGCCUGUGCCACCAAGUACAGCCCCGAGGAGAUCGCCAUGGCAACGGUCACCGCGCUGCGCAGGACGGUGCCACCCGCCGUGCCAGGGAUCACGUUCCUGUCGGGGGGUCAGAGUGAGGAGGAGGCCUCUCUGAACCUCAAUGCCAUCAAUCGCUGUCCCCUGCCGCGGCCCUGGGCUCUGACCUUCUCCUACGGGCGCGCCCUGCAGGCCUCGGCCCUCAAGGCCUGGGGGGGCAAGAAGGACAACACCAAGGUGGCCCAGGAGGAGUACGUCAAGAGAGCCCUGGCCAACUCCCUGGCGUGCCAGGGCAAGUACACCCCGAGUGGCACCGCGGGGGCGGCGGCCAGCGAGUCCCUGUUCGUGUCCAACCACGCCUACUGAGGGGACACCUGGGGACACCCCUGGGGACACCUGGGGACAUCCCUUGGACACCUGCUGGGCACCUGCUGGACAUCCCUGGACACCGCUGGACACUGCUGGACACCCAUGGACACCCCUGGACACACCCCUGGACACCCCUGGACAUCCAUGGACACCCCUGGACAUCCAUGGACAUCUGUGGAGACCUGCUGACCAUCCCCCGGACACCCCUGGACACUGCUGGACACUGCUGACCACACCUCUGGACAUCCAUGGACUCCCCUUGGACAUCCCUGGACACUGCUGACCAACCCCCUGGACAUCCAUGGAUUUCCUGGUGGACAUCCAUGGACACUGCUGGACACCUGCUGACCACCCAUGGACAUCCCUGGACAUCCAUGGACACUGCUGACCAUCCCCUCGGGCUCCUGCUGACCACCACCUGCUGACCAUCCCCUGGCCACUCAUGGAGCACUGACCACCUGCUGGCCACCUGCUGACCACUGACCACCCUGUGGCCACCCACGGAGCACUGACCACCUGGUGACCACUGACCACCCUCAGACCAGUGACCACUGACCACCCUUGGACCGCUGACCACCCUGUGGCCACCCACUGACCAUCCAGUGGCCACUGACCACCUGCUGACCACCCAUGGGCCACUGACCUCCUGCUGACCACUGACCGUCCACUGACCUCUGGCCACCCUGUGGCCACCCUGUGGUCACUCUCUGACCACUGACCACCCUCUGGCUGCUCUCUGGCCACUGACCAUCUGCUGACCACCCUCUGACCACUGACCACCCUCGGACUGCUGACCACUGACCACCCUCUGGUCACCCUGUGGUCACUCACUGACCAACCACUGACCACUGGCCACCUUCUGGCCGCUUUCUGGCCACUGACCACCCUCAGGCCACCUGCUGACCCCCCAGUGACCACUGACCACCUGCUGACCGCUGACCACCCUCUGGCCACCCUGUGGUCACUCCAUGGUCACUCACUGCCCAUCACUGACCACCCCAUGGGCACACAGGGGUCACUCCGUGGUCACUCAUUGGUCACCUUGUGGUCACUCAGGGGUCACUCAGGGGUCACUCAGUGGUCACUCAGUGGUCACUCCAUGGUCACUCUCUGGUCACUCAUUGGUCACUCAGGGUCACUCAGUGGUCACUCAGGGGUCACUCAUUGGUCACUCAUUGGUCACUCUCUGGUCACUCUCUGGUCACUCAUUGGUCACUCAGUGGUCACUCAUUGGUCACUGGUCACUCUCUGGUCACUCUCUGGUCACUCUCUGCCCUCGCUGUCCCCGCCCAGAGCAAUAAAAGUCUCGGAUGAACCCAGAAA